GGCGCCGCGGACUAUUCCCGCAGCAUCGCUCGGUGGACCGAUGUGCGACCGGUCGCAUCCCCCGUCGAGCAGACCUCCGAGAGUACCGCCGACCGCACCGCCGACCUCACCGCCGACCGCACCGGCAGCCUCACCGAUCGGUCCAUCGAUCAAUCGCUCGCAGAUCGGGUCGUCGUCCACCUCGCCUCCCAGUCCACCCUUCGAUAGGAUACCUUGAAGAGGCCCAGGUUUCGCAGUCCAGGGUGGAGGGUUGGGUAUUGGACGUGGAGUUCUGCAUCUCGAGACCGAAGAUCCGAAGUUUGACGAGCACUCGUGACAGUUGAUCCUUUUCGAUAGUCGGAUAUUCCGGAGGAACUGAAGGACCCUGCGUGCAGUGCGCAGACGCGGACUCGGUGACCGGUGAAGAGAAGUUCGGAAGUUCGGGGGAAGUUCGCCGGGAAGGGACCGGUCUUCGACUUUCGGGGUCCUCGCCAACUGCUGCCGAGUGAAGUGCCAGUGCAGUUGAGCGGCGGACGGGUUGGCUGCAAAAGGAGAAAAUGGCGUCGGCAGCGGCGGAGUUGGUGGCGGAGCGAGAACCGGAGCCAAGGAUCGAGAUCCAGGACUCGAACAGGACCUUCGUCGGUGCCGAAAAUUUGGUCAGGAUGGCCCUAGACCAGUACACGGAGAUCCUGACGACGGUUUCGGACCCCAGAGUCAAUAAUUGGCCUCUGAUGGACUCGCCGAUCCCGACAGUGAUCAUCGUCCUGGCGUACCUGUACUGCGUCACCCUCCUAGGACCCAGACUCAUGGCCAACAGGAAACCCUUUAAGCUGAGGAACGCCCUGGUGGCUUACAAUGCCUUCCAGGUGGUCUUCUCUCUGGGAAUGCUCUACGAGCACCUGAUGUCCGGCUGGCUGGUGGACUACAGCUACAAAUGCCAACCUGUGGACUACUCCCAUAAGCCGUCUGCCCUGAGGAUGGCGAACCUCUGCUGGUGGUACUUCAUCAGCAAGUUCACGGAGUUCGCCGACACGAUAUUCUUCAUCCUCCGCAAGAAGGACAGCCAGGUGACUUUCCUUCACCUGUACCACCACUCUUUGACGCCCCUGGAAACCUGGAUCUGCGUAAAGUUCAUCGCAGGAGGCCAUGGCACCCUGGGGAAUUUAAUCAACAACGCGGUGCACGUCGUCAUGUACGCGUACUACAUGCUGUCCGCCAUGGGGCCGGAGUACCAGAAGUACUUGUGGUGGAAGAAACACUUGACGACGGUCCAACUGGUGCAGUUCUUCCUGGUGUUCGUGCACAGUGCCCAGGCGCUGGUCUUCGACUGCGGUUACCCCAAGCUGGUGGCGGGUCUUCUGCUCCUGCACGCGACUAUCUUCUUCGUCCUGUUCUCCGACUUCUACCGGCGAGCCUACCAGAAGGCCAAGGCGCGCCCUAAGGAGCUGAAAGGGGAAUAAACGCGCGAAGGGCCGGCCAGGAAAAGCUCGAAGGAGACCCCGCUAGGUCGCAGGUUCCCACGUUUCCUGGGAAUCGCAGCCUGAAGUGGAGUCGCUUCUACGUCGAGGACACACCCAGGCACUUCUACCGCGUCGAGAAGUCGUCCUCCACGACGUAGCGCCUACCACGUUAGGAAUCCGUCUCCCUGUCCGAACUCUUCCGCCGCGUCCAGGAGGUUGCCCGCCUCUUCAUCAGGGACUUAGUCAUGGUGCUGAGGGUCUCCCAUCCUGUCCAGGGGACGAAGUGUCUCCACUGGCGGAGGGUACCACCCCUCGCUCUUCGACAUCCUCUUCAGGAACUCGCUGCCCUGCCUGGUCUCUCCCGGAUGGUCGCAGCCUGGAAAUCGUCUUGUACAGUUACUUCUUAGUGGGCGAAGCAGACGGGACGCGAGACCUGGACAAGGUGCCUCUACAUGCCAACUCGGGACGCAGACCUUGUAAAAAGAUCCCUUCCAUUGUUCCGGAGGAAGCUGCGGCGCCCACGACGUGCCCUCCUCCAGGUCGAGGAGUAACUCGAGAGGGAUUUGCAUGUGCUCUAGAGGUUUCCGAAGACUCGUCGUCGGGUUCUGCGAGCUCUUCUGCGAGAUGUUGAAGAGUCCCCUGAAGAUCCUACGGGUCCCUUCGACAAGGGAUCCUCCACUCGUACAGAUACCUUCCGCUCGGAAGAGAACUUAGCCACAUCCUAUCGCAAUCCCUACCCGUACACUCCGAGGUACGUCUCAGGUCUGAGACCACGAAGUCGGUCUCGCUUUAAACAGUACCGUGCAAACCCACUGUACAUAGGUAUACAUACACAAACGGCUUAAACAUACCCUAAACCCAACUACGGUGGAAGUCGCUGCUUGACCCAAGCCUCGCCGAGUCAUCUCCCAUAAGAAAAUCACGGGAAUCGGACCUCCUCGACCACCAACUCGUGUUAAAACUCCCCGAAGAGGUCUUCCGGGAUGCAUUGCACCAGCUGCCAACCGUACCCUCGGGACUUUUAAUUCAUGCUUCACCUCGCAUAAAGAACCCCGUCCCGUGUCAAUUUCACGAGUGAAGAGGUCCCUAUCUAACACCAGACACUGACAAAUCUCCAAUUUUCCACGGUUUCGGCACUAAUGACAAUCCUUUCGCUACUCUUCCCCAACACCCCCGAGGAAGUUGAACGACCACAACCAAGACAUCACUCACUGACUGGCAUUGACUAUCCAGCUCAACCGGAGCGACGUGCAGUCUUCCCCGCUCGCCAGGAAAGACUACAGCUCAAUGUUGAACGAUCUGCCAACUACUCAUACCGUCAAUGGACCAUUAGGCUAUCUACCUAACUACCUGUCAGCCUGUCAAGUAGUCAGCCACGAGGCAAUCGGUGCAAUGCAUCCCGGAAACAUCCUUAUCCUAUAUGCGAGCGGUCGAGCUGAUUGGUGACUCUUCGGCAUCUACCCAGUCCUUCUCAUCGAGAUCACGGAUAUCGUGGUGGCUCUCCGAUGCGAUUACUCUCUUCCACUCUCUCUCUCUCUCUUACCUAAUUGUCGGUGCUCGGGUUCCGGGCGCGAACGUAGGAGCCUCCACCCUGCUCUUCAGGGUGCACGCACUGCGGUGUCCAGCCUGUCGGUUGGGGCAAUCGAUAGCCGGGGACCUUCCCUGGAUAUCGGCCAGUUUAAUGACCAGCUCCUCUCAUUCGGAAGCCCUCACCGGGGUACGUUCCUCCAGGGUCAUCUCGUCCGGUCGACGUCUCGGAACUCGCGGGUCGGCCCUCGUCGAGGAGCAGCCGCGUGCUCGGAGUCACAUGACGUUCCGCCCGACGUCUCGGCACCGGCUAACUCUCUGCGGGAUUUAAUAACUACUUUACUACUAUUUAAAAUUAAUCCCAAUCCCCACGGCCGCUGCUCGCGGGGCGCGUGCAGCUCGCGACGAACCGUGGUCCGACUACCCGAUCGAUUUUCCUCGAGGGGGGUCCACGUACGGGUGAACAGUGACGCUCAUCUCGAACAGGUGCGAGCGCAUUUGCGCGCAUGUAGAUCCCAAGUGGUGCGGACUUUAGGAGCCAGUUGUCGCAAUUAGCCGGCCACUCGUUGAGUCCCUGCAAAGGAGAAAAGAGCGGAUUAAAGGGGUGCGAAAGUGACAUCCGAGGGGUCUAUCCAAGAGUCCACGAAACUUUUCUCCGAACUGGACGUGCCGAAUCGUUUCAAACUUUACAACGUGAAUGGGAAGGAUACAAGGAAGGUCCCUCCGGCCAUGAAAUUUGAAUUUAUAAAAAAUUUCUUUAUGGAUAUCUUCAAAUUUUCUUGUAUAAAAAAUGAAAUUUCAUGAGCAUCGCGCUCUUCCUUAGGGCCUACGUAAUUAAUUGCUGAAGUUUCUAGUGAUGCGGUGCACCCUGUUUGGAGAUAAGUUAUUAAAGUAUUUUAACGGUGUCAUGUUUAUGGAAUUUUGCGCUUUGCGGGAUACCUGAGAUCGCAAUUUGUCCGGCUUUUCUUGUCCGAUGUAGCUCUAAGUGCCAAUUACUAGCUGGCCAAUUACCGGUGCCAAUGACUGUGUGGAUUACCCUAGGUGAUCAUGUAGGGUCAUGGGGUCGGAUCGUUGGUGAAAACUGUAUCAGGAUUCGUCCUUCUUGGGUGGAUAUUUCUCGAAUUACAAAUGUGCUCGUCCUUGUUCCGGAGCAUCUGCGCUUCGUCGUUAGUACCUAAGGUUUACGCUUAAUUUUAGACGUUGUAAUCAUUGAUAUAUAUUAUUAUUAAAUUAUUUCUCUACCAAUGGUACUGUCACAGACACUCGUUUUUCUACUGAAUUAUAUAUAGAGAUAUGUAUACCCGUUUGUAUUGCCGCCCGGAUUAUGGCGCGGCAGAGCGAUUAGCGAUUUCCUCAUGAUGAAGAAAUAGGAUAAGUUGUAAUAACUGAUAAGCUCGUUGCCAUGUUAAAUGGGAAGGUUACAGCUGUGUAUAAUAGUCCUUUGCAAUUGACAAUCUCCUGUUUUCAACAACGUGCAUGGUAUUAAACGCUUUAGAUGAUAUUACAAAUCUUAAUACAGUGUGUAAUAUUUUAUGUGUAAAUACAUAAUAUUAAACGUC